CGCCAAAUCCCUAGCCUCGCCGCCGCCCGCAACGCCGCCGUCCCCAAUGCCGUUCCGCCGUCAGCGCUGCCUCCCCGUGGGCCACUCCUCUGCGUAGAUCCCCCCACGGCAGCCUCGCCGUUGACCACUCCCUUGCGCCGACUGACCUGCCGAACCCCCAAGCCUCCCCUCCCUCCGUCGAUCUCCCCCCGCCCACUCAACUCCACCCGCCAUUGCUUCGUCCUCCCCUGCCGCCGGCUCGCCGCUCCUCCCUCCGUCAAUCUCCCGCCAAAUAAACGCCACCCUCUCCCCUGCCACCGGCUCGCCGCUCGCCCAGCGACCCCUGCUGCUCCACAUCCCCAAAGUGCUAGCCCACAAGGUCGCAGGAAUCAUGUCUUUCGCCGGCGUAUCCGUCGUUGCUGACGGCCGUCUGAUUGAGCUAUCUUCCGCGGCGCCGGCCAUCUACUCCGGCACGGCGAGCAGCGGCAGCUGGUGGUAUCACCUGCUUGUGCUGCAGGGUUACUCCCGCACCAAAGACCUGCUGCCCAAUGGGAAGGGAAUCAAGGGACAAUCCUUCCGAGCUGGAGGCUAUCAAUGGAUUCUCAAGUUUUAUCCCAAUGGUGAUAGCCUGGAUGCUGCCGGUUUCAUGUCCGUUUAUUUCGGACUUGAUCAGGAUGUUGCACGGCCUCUGAAGGUGCACCGUCAGUUUAGUUUCGUUGAUGAGGUUGACAUACAAGUUCGUAGACGAAUCCGUGCAGGCACAGCACGUGACUACUGGGCAAUCAACCCUAGCUGGGGUCGAGGUAAAUUCAUAAAACAAGAGGACCUUGAGAAGUCAGAGCAUCUCAAGGAUGAUUGUUUCACCAUCCGGUGCGACUUCAUCAUCGCCGAAGCCGCUGGUACUACCUUCAUUGAGGUGCCGCCAUCUAACUUAUGCGAGCACCUGAACCAUCUCUUGACGACGAAGGUUGGCGCCGAUGUGAUGUUCGAGGUGGGCCACGAGAGUUUUGCUGCUCACCGGAACAUUCUUGCGGCCCGUUCUGCUGUCUUUCUAGCGGAGCUCUUCGGCCCCAUGAAGGAGGGGACCACGACGGGUGCCAUACAGAUACAAGACAUGGAACCGAACGUGUUCAAGGCCAUGCUUGGAUUCAUCUACACCGACUCAAUGCCCAAGAUGAUGAAGGUGGGAGAAGAAGCAGAAGCAGAAGCAGAAGCAGAACAAGUUGGAGCCGAUGAGGUCACGUGGCUGCCACACUUGCUUGCUGCGGCAGACAGGUUUGAUCUCCAGCGGCUCAAGUUGAUGUGUGAAGAGAGGUUGUCGGAGCACAUAGACUUGAGCUCGGUGACGGCCACCCUUGGUCUGGCAGCACAGCACCACUGCCACGGACUUAAGGAGGCCUGCCUGGGGUUCCUCAAAGUCCAAUCUGCUGCAAUCUUGGGAGGAGUCAUGGCGACCAGCGAGUGGCGGCACAUAUCUGCAACUUACCCCUCUGUUCUGAACGAGCUCAUCGCCAAGCUUGCCUCGAAAGCGUAGUUCGUUCGUUGGUUGUAAUGGUGUGUUCUUACUUAGACUAAAAUGGAUCGGGAGCUGAACUUGUGCAAGGAAUUCACUUUGGGCACUUGGUCAUUGUAUUUUGGAAAGUGCAAACUAUCAUUGUGGUUCCUCAAAUUGUCUCACUGUAUGGGUAUCGCGAGCUGAAUGGUUGACUACUUGCAUACAAGAAGUUUGUGUAGAUUAUAAA